GCUAAGGAGCUGCGUAGCUUUUGGGAUAAACAAACUUUUACAAACCGCUACAUUUGGAAAGUAACUGCAAUCGCAAUGAUUGUAACUUUUAUAUUUACAUUUUAUUCCCCUGUAAAAGUGAAUGUUUGUUGGCGAAACGUAUUUGAUAAAAUCUAAGCCGUUAGCUUUAGAAUAGCUUUAGGCUAACGGCAAAACGUCAAACCUAAAGUGUGAAUGCGCGUCUUGUAAGGUGUUAUGCGCUCGCUGUGCUGGGGACGCGCAGGCGGGCGGGCUGUCCGGUGUAAAUCACCGCAAUGAGGAAGGAGGAGGAAGGGAAGGGGGGAGGUAGCGGAGAAGGGGGAGGGUGGCGGACACCGGCUCCAGCUGCCUCCUCUCUGCGUGUAGACACACACGGCAGGCAGACGAGCACCAUCACAGGGGCAACAAAGGGACGCGUGGACCAUCGGAGGCUGCACAUGAAUAAAUGAGUCGUCAUUCAAGUACCGCUUCAACGCCAAAACACACGUCUGGUUACUUCUGCGUUCACCGGUGAGGGAGAGGUAAUACUGCACAGUCAUGGAGCUAGAGCACUUUGAUGAGCGAGACAAGGCUCUGAGAUACACGCGGAGGGGCUCCAAAGGAAAUGGGCUCCCUAGUCCCACUCACAGCGCCCACUGCAGCCUGUACCGAACCAGGACACUGCAAGCCUUGAUCUCAGAGAAGAAGGCCAAGAAGAUUCGCUUUUACCGCAAUGGGGACCGCUAUUUUCAAGGAAUAGUGUACGCUAUUUCUCAGGAGCGAUUUAGGUCGUUGGAGGCCCUCCUGGCUGACCUGACCCGAUCGCUGUCUGAUAACGUCAACUUACCUCAAGGGGUGCGUACCAUAUAUUCCGUAGACGGGAGUACAAGGAUCACAAGUAUGGACCAACUAGUAGAAGGUGAAAGUUAUGUCUGUGCAUCCAUUGAGCCAUAUAAAAAGCUGGAAUACACAAAGAAUGUCAAUCCAAACUGGUCAGCUGGAGCUAGGACUCCCGUGUCCUCUCGUGACCCUCCGUCCCUCGGUAGCGCCAAGGCAGGGCUCCAGGAGUCGAGGGAGAACAAGGAGUUCAUCAGACCCAAACUGGUCACCAUCGUUCGUAGCGGUGUAAAGCCUCGCAAGGCUGUGCGAAUCCUGCUCAACAAGAAGACUGCCCACUCCUUCGAGCAAGUCAUGACUGACAUCACCGAUGCCAUCAAGUUGGACUCCGGGGUGGUCAAGAGGUUAUACACGGUCGACGGGAAACCGGUCACCAGCCUGCAGGACUUUUUUGGUGAUGACGACAUAUUCUUCGCCUGUGGUCCAGAGAAGUUCCGCUACCAGGAUGACUUCAACUUGGAUGAAAGCGAGUGCAGGGUUGCCAAGUCUGCUUCCUAUGGCCGCCUCCCGACCGCACAAGGCCGCUCUUCACCCCGGAGUGGCGGGAUGUCACGCCGGAGUAAAUCUCCAUCUUCAGCUGGCUCAGCGAAUGGGACUGCAGGAAGUCAGCUGUCCACCCCUCGAUCUGGCAAAUCUCCAAGUCACUCUCCCACUAGUCCAGCGAGCCUGCGAAGACGUCAGGGAUCUCAGCACAGCGGCUCUUCACUCUCGCUGGCUUCAACAAAGAUCUGCAGCUCGAUGGACGAGGGUGAUGGUCCCAGCAGCGAAGCUGAGCCCGUCGACGACGGACCUGUUCCGUCUUCCAUAGCAGAGCGCUACAAAGUGGGACGGACCUUGGGUGAAGGCAACUUCGCCGUGGUGCGGGAGUGUGUGGAGAGAUCCACAGGAAGGGAGUUUGCUCUGAAGAUCAUCAGCAAGCACAAAUGCAGAGGAAAGGAGCACAUGAUCCAGAGUGAAGUGUCGAUCCUCCGUCGUGUCAAGCAUCCCAACAUCGUGCUGUUAGUGGAGGAGAUGGACACCUACAAUGAGCUCUAUCUCGUGAUGGAGUUGGUGAAGGGCGGCGAUCUCUUUGACGCCAUCACUUCGUCGAACAAAUACACCGAGCGGGACGCUGGCUCUAUGCUGUUCAAUCUGGCCAGCGCCAUCAAAUACCUGCACAGCCUCAACAUCGUCCACAGAGACAUCAAACCAGAAAACCUGUUGGUUUUCGAGCACCUCGACGGCACCAAGUCUCUGAAACUUGGUGACUUCGGUUUAGCGACUGUUGUCAACGGUUUUCUGUAUACGGUGUGUGGAACGCCCACAUACGUCGCGCCAGAGAUCAUAGCAGAGACAGGUUAUGGCCUGAAAGUGGACAUUUGGGCUGCUGGUGUCAUCACCUACAUCCUGCUGUGUGGCUUUCCUCCCUUUCGUGGCAGUGGUGAAGAUCAGGACUCUGUCUUUGAGCAGAUUCUGAAGGGACAGCUCGAAUUUCCCUCCGCAUACUGGGAGAGUGUAUCUCAAGCAGCCAAGGCUCUGAUCACUGGAAUGCUGCAGCUCGAUGUGGAUCAGAGAUUCUCAGCCGCUCAGGUGCUGGAACAUCCGUGGGUUAAUGAUGACGGUGGAUCAGAGACUCAGCAGCAGCUGGCCGUGGCUGGGAAGAUCAAGAAGCACUUCAACACUGGACCUAAGAUGAGCAGCACAGCAGCAGGAGUGACCGUCAUCACAACCACCCCGCUCGAUAAGGAGAAGCAAGUUUUCCGACCAAGGCGCAACCACGACGUGAAGCCCGUCGCCAACUUCCCUCACGGUUUCGGCGCCGUCCCCUCCCGCGGCAUAACCCCGAGUCAGCCGCCCGCCGAUUUCACCUCCGAGUCUGAGGAUCUCUCACCGUGCUCAGCCGGCACCGUCCGCUCGCCCGUCUCACCCUUCUAAUCCCCACGGGGGGGAACCGUGGUGCUAACGUGGACUCUAAACAGACUUUCCAUUUUUACGUCGGUAUUUCUACUUAUUUACAGCCUUCAUCGGUCAGAAUAACCCACUAGCCAGUGAAACAGUGUUACCAACAGCAUGCGAUUCAUUUACCUUUCAAACAGUUUAAGCCUUAUUUCUACUAAGUAUGCACUGUAGUACUCUGGAGCCCUCUACUGGAUUAGAUAGUGUACUUCAACUGCUCAUCAUUAUCCGUCAUUGCAGAAGAAUAGUGUUGACUUGAAACUGUGUGGAUGUAAACUUGCAUUUACCUUUGCUGCUUCUUCAAACUGCCUCUUAUACUCUAUAGAACACACCUGUACUCAGGCUCACCACAAUAUCAAACAUUUGCCUCCACUUAGUAUCGUUGAGCUUCCUCUGUAGCUCAGGAGUCGAACUGCUCAUCCAGGUGUGUUGAGUAACUGGGAGGAGGCCCUGGGGCAGACCCAUGGCGUCAUGGUGAGAUUGUCAUUAUCAGCUGACAAGGUAACACCUUCUCAGAAGACGUGGUGAGGGCCUCUGAUUAGAGGAGAGUUUGGACCUUCUUACUUAAGCUGCUGCCCCCAUGUUGCCCCCACUUAAUCGCAUGCUAUAAAUCUGUUUGUUUCUGAUAUUGGUUUAUCGGUGGUGGGCCAAAAAUGCACCUAAAUUCAUGAACAAGUUUAAACACUCCACCUCUCACAUGAUCUCUGGAUGAAGUAGAAGUUAUAAACUGAUGUAAAAUCGGUUGGGGUGAUGGGGUGAAAAUGCACCUCAAUUCAUGAACAACUUUAAACUCUCACUUGAUCUCUGGAUGAAGGAGCAGUUAGAAUGUUUAAUACGGCCAUAGCUAGUAUCGGCCACCGAUCAGUGAAAUGGUUUGGUACUGUGGUGGAUAAGAGCCAGGCCGGUCUCUGUACUGUAUAAAAUGCAUGGAGAGUCACUAGUUUGACCAACACUUGUUAUGAUUUGCUGCUACAUGUGUUAUCUGCGCUGUACAGAUUGUUUCUGGACGUGUUCCUGCCAACCAGCAGCGCUGAAGCUUCGCCUGGCUGCGGUUUACUGGAGGGACCGGUCCGUUUGUUCCAUGUCUGAAUGUGUUUGUGUUUCGGCAGAUGGUCCCAUGAAUGUCCGUGUCAUACGUUGGUGCAUGUCCUUUAGAAGCCGUGGCACAAAAUGGAUUUAAGUGCAAUUAGGUUCUCCAGUUGAUGAGCACAGACUGAGCUGGGCUGGGCGCCGUGACGGGUUUGUUCCGUCUCUGGCGGCUGUUUUUCUGGACAAAGUGGAGGAUGGAAAUGUUAGAAGCUGACACAAAACAGCACCCUUUGAACGCGUUAAUCAUCUGUCCUGAUUCAGUGAAGCCGAGAGAAUAACAUUGGUCCGUAGCUCUCACAGCAAUGGAACGCCUCUGAACGUCCUGCCCCCCAGUCCUCAUGUCGAGUCACUUUUUGUAGCUUGUUUUUGAAAUGAGAGAUCAAUGUUGGUGCUUCCUGUUAUUGUCGACCAGUGGAGACAAGUUCUUCGUCAGAUCUCUUACUUUUCGUGGCCUCAGAUGAGCAACAUCAUCAUACCGCAUGAACUCUGACACACAUCCAGACUCUUCCAUUUGUAUUCACUCUUUCGCCGUGGUCUUUGUCCGUGAUCAGUGCGUGUCGCGACUCUUUUGAAAGUUACACCGAAUCUGACGUUUAAGGGCUCCGGAGAAUUGAAGGAAACAAACCAAAAAAAGAAAAAAAAAAAAAGAAAAAAAAAGCACAAGGACAGAUGUUCUGAAGCGGAACGACUUCUGUUUUUUUGGGAAGAUGUUUGUCAAGACGACCGGGAAUGUUGGUGUGACCGGGAAGCACGUGGAUGCUGUGUUGA